UUGGCGCCACACAACGUACACUGGCGCCGAUACGCUCAUACGCACGCCACCUCCUCCUCCCUCCUCCCAUGGCGACGGUCGCCACGCACUCCGGCUCCCCUCCGCCGCCGCCUCCUCGCCUAUACCGCCGCCACCGCGCGGCCUUCCCUGCCGGAGCCCGGCGGUCCGCCGCCGCUGCACGCGGUCGCAUUAGGAGUUCGCGCAACUUAUCCUGCUUGGUCUCUGGGACUGCAAAGGCAUCAGUGUCCGGGGCAGAAACUUCUUCAGGUGGGGAAGAUGUAAAUGAGAUUAUUGGUAAAGUGGAAGCAGUAGAAUCUACCACCCCGGGUGCUUCAUUCCUUGCAAAAGUGGCAAUUGCUAUCGGUAUUGCGGCCACGGUCACUGUAAUUUCACUAGUCAGGAAGCAGCCUUCAUCAGGCCCAUCUUUCAGUCUGCCACAAAUAGUUGAUGCCUCCACGCAGUCUGAUGCAGCAGCAGCAACCCUUGGAUAUUCAUUUUCUGCAUUUGGGAAGAAAGUCAUACUUCCAGAGUACACACCAGGGUGGGUCUACUUUUGUUUGCUCAUGGCUGCUGGAUUUGGACUACUUAUCAGUGAAGAAGCUUUAAAUGUUUGGGCUGGAAUUUCUUUAUCACGUACACUUUCAUUGGAUGGAACCUGGCAAUCUCUCGUUAACUCGUUCUCGGCGAAUGCACCUUAUAUAGUUUCUACAGUGCUAUGGAUUUACUGGGGUGUUUGUCUCAGCGAUAUGAUCCCGUUCUUUCUGGGGAAGCUUUUUAGACAAACUAAAGCAUCUGAAGGCAUAAGCAGCAAGAUUGGAAUUGGCAAGGACAAAGCACUAAGCAUAUCACGAGCAGUCCAAAAGUACGGGAACCUAAUUGGCUUUGUUGAGAGAUUUUCGAUUGGCGUACGGAAUAUCACAGCAUUUCUAGCUGGCGCAUUGGGUAUACCAGCAGACUGUUACUUCGCCGGAGUUUGUUUCGGGUGCCUGUUUACUCUUCCUAUUCAGUUAGCACUUGGGUUUGUCCUCCGUGAAAGGCCUGUCAUCGCUCUGGCAAGCGUCGCAGCUGCCGUGGGCAUCUGCACGGCGUUCCCUUACGCAGCCGCGGCGUGCACGGCUCUCUUCUUCUACCUCCGCCGGCCCGACUCCAGCAGCUGAGACUGAGAACGUGCUGAUCCUUUUCGUGGCGGAUCGGCAACUCCCGGCUCCGUGCCUUUUUUUUCACUACCCCUGUGCCAUCUAGCUGACGGGACAUUCCUGUUUUUUUUGGUACUUAGACAGUUGCACUGCAUCUUCUUUGUAAAUUUUGUAAUGGUUGAUCAAUCAAUGUAAACAUUUCUCCUUUUACUUCUUUCUGAAGUUCUCCAUCCGUCCCAAAUUA